GGCGGAAGCGCAGGUCGCUUCCUCCCCUGCUCGGCGCUCGCCCAGCAGCGCGGCGUCGGGGACAAAGGCACCGCAGCCGCGGCCGGAGCUGCAUAACAAUUAUAAUGCUAGCUGACUGAAAAUUUGUCCAGUCCAUCAAAAUGUCAAAAAGGCCAUCUUAUGCCCCACCUCCUACCCCAGCUCCCACAACCCAAAUGCCCAGCACACCAGGGUUUGUGGGAUACAAUCCAUACAGCCAUCUGGCCUACAACAACUACAGGCUGGGAGGGAACCCGGGCACCAACAGCCGGGUCACGGUAGGAGAAUCAACUAUUACAUCAUCCGGCAAACAACAGGAAUUGACCAGAAAUGGCUUUAGAGCUUCUUCUGGUAUUACAAUUCCAAAACCCCCAAAGCCACCAGAUAAGCCUCUGAUGCCCUACAUGAGGUAUAGCAGAAAGGUCUGGGACCAAGUGAAGGCGUCCAACCCUGAUUUGAAGUUAUGGGAAAUUGGCAAGAUUAUUGGAGGGAUGUGGCGAGACCUCACUGAUGAAGAGAAGCAAGAGUAUUUGAAUGAAUAUGAAGCAGAAAAGAUAGAAUACAAUGAAUCUAUGAAGGCUUACCAUAACUCACCUGCUUACCUUGCCUACAUCAAUGCAAAAAGUCGUGCUGAGGCUGCAUUAGAGGAAGAAAGCCGACAAAGGCAGUCACGUAUGGAGAAAGGUGAACCUUACAUGAGCAUACAGCCAGCAGAAGAUCCAGAUGAUUAUGAUGAUGGAUUUUCUAUGAAACACACAGCAACAGCUCGUUUCCAGAGAAACCACCGUCUAAUCAGCGAAAUACUGAGUGAAAGUGUAGUGCCCGAUGUUCGCUCUGUUGUCACUACAGCUAGAAUGCAAGUUCUCAAACGUCAAGUGCAGUCUUUAAUGGUUCAUCAGAGGAAACUGGAAGCUGAGCUCCUGCAAAUAGAAGAGCGUCACCAGGAAAAAAAAAGGAAGUUCUUGGAAAGCACAGAAUCAUUUAACAAUGAGCUGAAAAGGUUAUGCAGUUUGAAGGUGGAAGUGGACAUGGAAAAAAUUGCAGCUGAAAUUGCCCAGGCUGAAGAGCAGGCCCGCAAGAGGCAGGAAGAGAGGGAAAAAGAAGCGGCUGAGCAAGCAGAGCGCAGUCAAAAUAAUGUAGCUGCUGAGGAAGAGCAGGCAGCUAACAAGAUGGAGGAAAAGAAAGAAGAAGAGAGCACUCCCAUGGAGACAGAAGAGCCUCAUCCAGAAGAAAAUACAGAAAAUCAGCAAAAUGGUGAAGAAGGAACAUCCACCCCAGACGAUAAGGAGAGUGGCCAGGAAGGAGUGGACAGCACCGCAGAGGAAGGAACAAGUGAUAGCAACACAGGUUCAGAAAGCAAUAGUGCAACUGUUGAGGAGCCUCCUGCAGACCCAACCCCUGAGGAUAGUGAGAAGAAAGAAUAAAUAUUGACUCAUUCCAUGUGUCUCUUUUUAAUGAAGUACUGUUUUGAUUUUAAAAAUGUGUUGUGCGGCUUUUGUAUCUUCCUGUCCAUAUCAGUUGUCACCAAAAGAUAUUGUGUAUUAACCACUGGGCUGUCAUUUCAUGUCAGAUACCAGCAUGGCAACCUAAAGGGGCCUUCAGGGAUGAGGGAUGUCUUAAAAACAAACUAAAAAAGAAAACACGGAAUUUGUUUUUAACUGCUGCUCUAUAAUAUGUACAGUAUUAUUAUUUUAUUUCCUCCCCAAAAGAAGCAUUCCUCCCUCCUCCCCCAUUUACAUAAACAUCAGAUUAUUACUCCCACUUUUUUCUAAUUCAGAUUCGUUAGAUGACACAGUUGGAAAGCUCUCUCUCUCUCUCUCUCUCUCAGUAUCAACUCCUACUUAGUAAGAGACCAAUUAAGCUGCGGUUUAAGUUUGAACUUUGUAUGAGGGUCACAAAGCCUCUGUUUGGUUGACUUAGUCUCAGGCAUUUUCCCCCAAACCUAUCAUCAUGACCGUUAAAGGGAAUGUUAAAUGUAGACUGAGGAAAUUCAUAUUCCAGCCUUGGGUGCUAGUAAGUAACACUGAAUUGGCUUUUUUGUUUGCAGUGUUUGCACUCCUUUUUGUACAAAAAGCUCAGGUUAAGACUAGAAUUUUCAGAUGCCUCAGUGCAGUUUGCAUUGGCGUUGACCAAGGAAGGUUUUCUACUCAGUAGGUUCCAGGCCAUAGUCAAGAAAUCAGACCUCGCAUUGCAUAAGUCUCUCCAUAGGUUCCUUCCCUUCCCCUGAGAUAAAGUAUCUUAGACAAGUAUCUGGUUAAAAUAAUGAUUUGUAGUUCAGGUAAUUCUGUUACAGUGCUACCUAUGUGCAAGGAAAAAACAUAAAAUACUAAAAACUAGCACUAGGGCAUACAUUCCUACGGUUCUUAAGCCUCCUUUCCUUUUACGAACUGAAACAUCUUGCUCUUCAGCUGUUGCUUACUGAAAUUUGGCUUUAAAAGGUUAUGAGGAGUCUUUCUCGAUUGGGCUGUAGGAUUUGGUGUUAAAUCUUUUAAGUACGGUCUUUGCUUCCCCUCAUACUAUAACAGUAUCCCUUUUCACAAGGUGGGAGUGGGAGGAAGGUGGAUUGCUCUCUAAUCCACAUCACUUCUGGACGUGGAUUUCCAAAGGAUUAGAAACUCAGUCUCCUAGAAAUUACUUGGAUAUAUUAUGUUGAAGGCCCAUUUCUUGUCCUCAUCAGUCUUCAUUUUUCAUCGUUUUACCCCUGUGCUCACUAAAAAUGUCUCCUUUAGGACAACUUUAUUGAAAAACGGGGCAAAAUGCAAAACAAAGGAAUAUUUAGAUGCUACAUACUUGCUCAGGCUGUGUUGUGAAUGCAGCACAAACAGUUCAUAGCAAAUAGCAGUUUUGCUUGCCUUGAGCUUUCAAAUCUAGCAGCUGUAUGAAAAUAUUGAAAAUCUGUGUUGUGGCCCAGUUCAAACAGACAUCCCCUCCAAAAAGCUGCUUGGUAAUUUUUGAUAAAUAAGGUAGACAAGAUGUUUUAUAACUGUUUCCAACUACAAGAGAACACAAGAUGCAUUCGCUUCAUGUAAACUCAAAUAUGUUUUAAGGAAUAGUGGUGUAUCUGAUAGGAUGUUGCUUUUUUAAACCUGUUCUUUUUUUAAAUGGUUUACACACAAUAAAAAAUAACGUGGGGUUUUUUUUUAAA